AUGUCAAAAAAGAUUCAGGAAGCACUUCGUUACUGUGAAGAGAACUUUGAGAAAGGAAACCUAGAACUUGCAUUAAAGUGCGCAGUCUCAGUCGCUCUGGCGAAUCCAAAAGAGCCUGAACCUUACGCACACGUCACGGCUUACAGAAUCCUUCUCACGGCAGCAAACCAUCGAACGGUCACAGGAGAGCCUGACUGGUACGCCGUGUUUGGAAUCAAACGCGGAAAUAAGUCCUCCAAGUCGGUGGCGAAAUCCGUUGAGAGGCGGUGCUUGGAGAUCAUCGAAUUGUUGAACGGCGAGACUGUGACUUUCAAGGCGGCUUCUGGAGUCUAUGGUCUGGUCAGCCGAGGCUUUGAAGAGUUGAAGAACGAAGAUAGAAGAAGAGCAUAUGAUCAACGUUCUGGAUUUCUCUUGUAA